UAGUUUCUGGUUCUUCAUAGGAAGAGUGCGGCUGCAAAAUGUUUUACAAUAGAGCAUUCAUACUCUCGCCUUUCAUCUAGUCUAUAUUUUAAAAUAGUUAGAUCUUCCGAAAUAUUGAUAGAAAAGACGUUAAAUAAUAGAAUUUGAGGUAGCUAAGCUCCCAAGAUCUCAUAAGUUUUAGGCUAUAGAAAAUAUUAUAUCAAAAAUAACUUACAUCCAUUUUCUACAGUAUGAGGGAAAUUUUGAGAUAGUAGAAGGGAAAAUUGAAUAUUAUUUCCUAACAUCACUGAUUUAAUAUUUUAUACUGGUUAAUAAUCAGUAAGUGUUACACAUUCUUUUAAUUAUCCAGUUGCUAUUAUUAAUAUUACUUAUGAAAUAUUGUCAUGCCCGAAAAACCUGAUUGCAAUCUACAAGAGAGCGAAGAACAGAAGGUUGAUACUCCAACUUUAACUGAUCAUUUAAACAAAUAUUUGUUAUGCGCUUAUUUGAAUCGUUUGAACGAAGAAAAUCAAACUAACGAAAGUGUCCCUCAAGAAGACGAAACAGCUGAAUCUUUUAACGAUUGAAUUUUUGUGUCAUUGUUAUUCACAACAGUUACAAUGGGAGACUAUGAAGACGAUAAUGAUUUGGACAAUUGGGUUGAUCGUAAUGGAGAUGAAAAUGAUGAUUUAGAAGCUUUAGUGCCGGAAGCUAUUGAAGAAGCUGAGGAAAUACCAGUAAAAAAUGAUGCAGAAGAAAAAAGAGUGGUUCCCGUUAAAAUCCGUGUCAAAAAACCUCAACCUAAAUUGAAUCCUGAAAGACUACGAGGUCCCAGAGGUCUGUCUAUUCUUCAAUCAUGGUUUGAUAAUGUUCAGCUUAAAGGUAAAGGUCAUGAAGUUGAAGAUCUAAAUGCUGUUAUGAAUCGCCUUGAACAAUGGACCCAUAGACUUUUUCCGAGAUACACUUUUGAUGAUGCCAUUGAUAAACUUGAAAAAUUAGGAAAAAAGAAUGAAGUUAAAGUAAUGCUUAAGCGACUUAGAAUGGACAUGGAUUUCAAUGAAGAAGUAGUUACACAAUUGGAUACUGAAAUAAAUGAAUCACCUAAUCAACAAGAUCCAUUUGAUAGAAUUGCUAACUCUGUUGAUAUAUUUCCUAUUAGCUCUACAUCUAGUAUCGGUAAUUCAGGGUUAACAGAAGAACAAAGGCAAAGAAUGAUGCAUAAUAGGAUGUUAGCUGAAGAAAGAAGACAGACAAAAAUUAGAGCUAGACAAGAAAAAGAAAAAGAACUCAACAAUAUGCCAUUAAAUGAAAAUACUUCAAUACAGUCAUAAUAAAUUCAAAAUUUAUUUAUACAUUUAUUAAUAUUAUAUUUGAUAAACUUGAAUAUUUACAAAAUAUAUCAGAUAAUAAUAAAUAAUAAACAAAUAAUCAUAUAAUCAGAUUUCAAAAAUAUGUUUGCCAUUUAUAUUUUGUUGAAUAAAGUUUCAAUUAAAUGGGGUUUUUGUUGUAAUAAUUUCUAGUGUCUAGAAUCAACCAGUUUUAUAAAGUAGAAUAAUGCAGAGAGUAAGCGUCCAACUAAAAUUUUUCUUAAAAUAAUCAAGUUUAUAAAUUCAAUAUUUUAAAGGUCUUUAACUUUAUUAAUUUUUUUAUAAAACCAUUCUACAUGAAAAAUGUUUAAAAUGUUACUUUUAUUCACUGACUCCUUCAAAUAAAAAAAAACCAUUUUGUUAUCUA